CUUCACAACACCAAACUAUCCACCUUGGACACGACCACCAUUGACGCCGACACGAUAUAUACUCGCGCGUCGCUAUGGCGAAGAAAGCAAAGUCCCGUACCAUCAUGGUGCGCCUCAUAUCAAUGGCAAUGACGGGAUACUACCGAACCAUGCAAAGACCGCGCGCCCACCAGCCACUGAGCAUGCUUAAAUACGAUCCCAUCGUUCGGAAACAAGUCCUUUUCCUCGAAGCUAAACGCGGCAAGAAAUAAUAUCACACACCAUACACGAUACCACCGCACGCGAUAAGACUACAAACAAUUUGGGGGUGAAAACAUUGACUGAAUUCUCGCAUAGAGUUGCGGGAGGCGAACGCCGUGGAUUGCCGCCUACACGAGGCACAGAACCCGGCAACCGUGAUACUCAUCGGGCUGUCCGAAGCGUCAUACGAGGCGGGACAAAGCCUUGUACACUUAUGUACCGAAUAUUCGCGUGGGCUGGCAUUAGAUACAGCACAUGCAUACAUCAGAAAAACAUGUCUGGAAUAAGACGCACUUCAUUUCCCGUUUAUAUCUAUGCCUUCACCUG